AUGUACAAGGAUGACGUUCGGGCGGUUGGGGAUGAGAAUUGCUGUGUGAUUUUGUUGUUUCUGAGAAAUUUGUUUUUUUAUCGCAUGGGUGUGAAUUUGGAAGCACCUCCACCAAAACUAGCACCUUUGCCACCCCCAGCACCACCGCCUUUGCCUCCACCACCACCUCCUCCGAAACCACCACCUUUUCCACCUCCUACGCCCCCACCAAUACCACCUCCUUUUCCACCCCCAGCACCUCCACCAAAACCAGCACCUUUGCCACCCCCAGCACCUCCACCGAUACAACCACCUUUGCCUCUACCACCACCUCCUCCGAAACCACCACCUUUUCCACCUCCUACGCCCCCACCAAUACCACCUCCUUUUCCACCCCCAGCACCUCCACCAAAACCAGCACCUUUGCCACCCCCAGCACCUCCACCGAUACAACCACCUUUGCCUCUACCACCACCUCCUCCGAAACCACCACCUUUUCCACCUCCUACGCCCCCACCAAUACCACCUCCUUUUCCACCCCCAGCACCUCCACCAAAACUAGCACCUUUGCCACCCCCAGCACCACCGCCUUUGCCUCCACCACCACCUCCUCCGAAACCACCACCUUUUCCACCUCCUACGCCCCCACCAAUACCACCUCCUUUUCCACCCCCAGCACCUCCACCAAAACUAGCACCUUUGCCACCCCCAGCACCACCGCCUUUGCCUCCACCACCACCUCCUCCGAAACCACCACCUUUUCCACCUCCUACGCCUCCACCAAUACCACCUCCUUUUCCACCCCCAGCACCUCCACCAAAACUAGCACCUUUGCCACCCCCAGCACCACCGCCUUUGCCUCCACCACCACCUCCUCCGAAACCACCACCUUUUCCACCUCCUACGCCUCCACCAAUACCACCUCCUUUUCCACCCCCAGCACCUCCUCCAAAUCCCCCACCUCCACCAAUACCACCACCUUUUCCACCUCCUACCCCUCCACCAAUACCACCUCCUUUUCCACCCCCAGCACCUCCACCAAAACCAGCACCUUUGCCACCCCCAGCACCUCCACCGAUACAACCACCUUUGCCUCUACCACCACCUCCUCCGAAACCACCACCUUUUCCACCUCCUACGCCCCCACCAAUACCACCUCCUUUUCCACCCCCAGCACCUCCUCCAAAUCCCCCACCUCCACCAAUACCACCACCUUUUCCACCUCCUACCCCUCCACCAAAACCACCACCUUUGCCACCCCCACCCCCAGCACCUCCACCAAUAACACCACCUGCCCCCCCUCCUACACCUCCACUGAAACCACCACCUCCUCCGAAACCACCACCUUUUCCACCUCCUACGCCCCCACCAAUACCACCUCCUUUUCCACCCCCAGCACCUCCUCCAAAUCCCCCCCCUCCACCAAUACCACCACCUUUUCCACCUCCUACGCCCCCACCAAUACCACCUCCUUUUCCACCCCCAGCACCUCCUCCAAAUCCCCCCCCUCCACCAAUACCACCACCUUUUCCACCUCCUACCCCUCCACCAAUACCACCUCCUUUUCCACCCCCAGCACCUCCACCAAAACUAGCACCUUUGCCACCCCCAGCACCACCGCCUUUGCCUCCACCACCACCUCCUCCGAAACCACCACCUUUUCCACCUCCUACGCCUCCACCAAUACCACCUCCUUUUCCACCCCCAGCACCUCCUCCAAAUCCGCCACCUCCACCAAUACCACCACCUUUUCCACCUCCUACCCCUCCACCAAAACCACCACCUUUGCCACCCCCACCCCCAGCACCUCCACCAAUACCACCACCUGCCCCCCCUCCGACACCUCCACCGUAA